GACGGGGCCAGGACAUUGGGAUGCAGAGUCAUUCCCGCGAAAAGAGGUGGCAAAGUUCCAUUUGACUGAGAAACCCUCCUUAGCUCCUAAGAAACCCAGAAGCAUCUUCCUCAUCCCAGAAAAGCCUUCCUUUCUUCUUCCCCCAUCUUACAAAAGGAAGCUUUCCUUCGAAAUACCCAACCCCACCAACUCCAAAUCACGACCGUUCAAAUUCAUACAGCAGCAUCAGCAGACAUUUGAUCGGGCCAUGGCGCAGAUCCUCCCUCCAUGCCCGCCCAAUUCCUUCUCCCUCAAUUCCACAGUCUGCGUCUGCAAUCCUGGUUACUUCAUGAACCCUGCCCGCAACGACUGUACCCUCUUCACCGCCUCCCCCAACGAGUGGGCCGUGGGAUCCGGCGUUGAGUACGGCCCGUUCUUCCCCGAGACCAUCUUCUCCUUCGAUUCCAUCAAGAAGUUCACGCAGUCGCAGGCCAUCUUCCUCGAAGCCACAAUGGUCGUCCUUGUCUCCUGGUUAGCCUUCUGCCUUGCCGUCCGGUUCGGGAAGAUCGACGGCGGCCGGACCAUCUGGUUCCGGAUCCGAUGGUGGAUCAGCCGGUGGGAUGUCUGCUACGCCACUCGCCAUUGGCUGGAUGACAGAAAGGUUGUGACAAAGCGGAAAACUGAGCUGGGUGGAAGUUUCUCUGUUGCAAGUUGGAUACUUUUCAUCGGUCUGCUUGCAGCGUUGCUAUACCAAAUUAUUACGAAAAGAACUGUUGAGGUGCACAAAAUUAAACCAGCCAAUGGUCCUGAUUUAUCGUCCUUCAUCAAUGACAUGGAAUUCAAUAUAACUACAAUUUCUAGCAUGAGCUGUUCCCAUUUACGCGGUCUUGGUACUUUGGUGACUGGCACUCCUGGUUUCGUUGACUAUAGGGUUUCCCCUUUAUCAAUCUUUGCAAGCUAUUAUUGCCAAAACACGAGCAGGGGGCCGACUGUUACUCUAAAAUGCAGCAAUUGUCAGGUCCCAAGGGACGGCUACUACAUUUCGUGGCAGUUUGUUGAUCUACAAAAUGACCCUGCUACUGCUGUGGGUUUUCAGUUCAACCUUACAGCAAAGAAGCAUGGUGACAAUAAGCACGUGAGCUUUGUCACUGGCAUACUGAAGUCUAGAGGCAAUAUGGAUGAGAGGCCAAAUACAUUUCGAGGGGCAGAUGUAAAUGUGUUGAAGUUUCAUUUGUUCCCACGGGUGUACCGUAAUUUAAAUAACCUAAGCCUCCUUCAGCCUCUGUUUCGUGAUUUUCUUCCUGGCUCGUCCUUUUUCGAGACAAGCCAGCUCAAAACCUCUCUGCAAAGUUCUAAAGAUGGAUUGAUCAAUACAACGCUGCAUGUCAACUUUAUUUCUGACUACAUCGUUGAGAUUGACAAUGAAAAUGCUUUGGGACCUGUGGGCUUCCUUUCAAACGUUGGUGGUCUCUAUGUGUUUUGCAUCACAGUUUUUUUUUACUGCAUGUUACUAUUUGAACACAGAAUUAAGAAGCUUCGCCGUGAAGAUGCUGUAUUGCGGGAUAUAAGAAGUAGGAGAAGAGCUCAAUUGCGUUGGGAUAAGUUGAGGAAAUAUGUGAUGUACACAUGGGGUCCUGAUGAUCUGGAUGGGGAAGGUAAAUAUUCUACAAAAGAGCAGUCUUGCGGUAAAUCAUUUCAUGGAAUUGGAUCUCUUCGCAAGCAAAAAACACAGAGUAGAAUGGAUUCUAUCAAGAUUGACAAAAGUAUCGGUUCCACCAUUGAGACGAAAAUUAUUCCAGGAGCCACACAGACAGAGAUGGUAAAGACACGUUUGGCACAGGGUACUUCUGAUCUUGAAAGAAAAUUGUCAAAGUCAGAGGGUGCUUAUGUUCUGGAGCAUGGGGAAAAGAAAGUUUCAAGCAGUUCUUACAAGGGACAUUCAUCGCAAAAUCAUGUACUCCUUCCUGAUGAAAUUAAAAAUCCAUUACCACCUGUUCCAGAAUUUCCCAUGGAUGGUGGAGCCAAUAUUUCAGAUAUUCAGAGGAACCUCCAAAAUAUGUAUGACUACAAUGUUUGUCUGAGGGAAAGAUUCAUGGAUGUGCAGUCCAUGCUUGAUGAUCUACUCCAGAAGACUUCUCCAACCAACACACAUCCAACAUAACAUGGAAGCAUAUGAACAAAUAUUAUCCACCUUUGUCAAAAUGACAUGCCGCAUUCUUUGGAUUCCCGGAGGUGCGACUUUUGAUGGAACUUUUCGAAUGUUUUCGCAUCGAAGAAGAAUGGCAUUUGAGCUUGAAUGCGGCAGAAGAAAGGUGAUGUAAAAGUUUUCCCUGGUUUGGAUGCUCAUAUAUUUAUAUUUAUGUUUUUUUUUGCUUAGGUGGGGUCAAGAUGGACCGAAGUCACAGGUCCAAUUGGAGGAGACUCUUAACCGAUGGGUGUGUUUGCCGAGCGGCAAAAAUAAAAA